AUGUCUCUACAGAACAUUUCAGAUGAAGAUGUGUAUUUAGAUGAAUUAUAUUUACAACCAAAUGAAGAAACUGACUUAAUAUCAGAUAAUGAAUUACCCUUAUAUUCUGAUGAACAAAAGUCUUUAAAUAAAGAUUCAUAUUUAUCAUUAGAUAAUGAUCUCUAUCUAAAUAAUGAAUCUUCAUUAAAAAAUGACAAUUCUUUGAAUAACAUAUCUUCCUUAAAUGAAAAAUCAUCUAAUGUAUUUGCUCAAAAUGCAAAAAGAAAAAUUAACCAGGUUAAGAAAAAAAUUAAAUGUCAUAAAUGGAUCAGUAAUGAUAAUAAAAGGCAACAAUGCUCAAGUGUCUUUGAAUUAAAAACCCCUACAACAAAUUUAGCCGCACAUCUUCAAACAGAACACAGAUUGGAUAAAAAUAGACCUUUAUUGUCACUAAGUAGUGUACAAGAAACAACCCAACCACAGCCUGUACAAUCAGGUCUAUUGCAAUAUACUUUACCAGAAUUAUUUAGUCCAAAGCCACAAUUUCAACUUCAAGGUUAUGAUACAUUCAGACAAAAAAUGCAUAAGGCAAUAAACUAUACUGAAAAUUGUUUAAAAAAUUUAAUUGACAGCACAUUAGAAUUUUUUGCAUUCACUACAGACCUAUGGACUCAAAAUUACAAACCAUAUAUUGGAAUUAUGAAUUUAAGUGACAAAUGUAUGGCAGACGUAACUGAUAAUGCUAGCACAAUGGUAAAAGCAUUAAAUGAUAUUGGGAUCUUACAUGUACAAUGUACAGCUCACACUAUCCAUCUUGGGGUUACUAAUGGUUUAAAACAAACUAUCGACUUGAUUAACCAUACAAAAGCUCUAAAUGCAUUUGUUGCCAGAAAAGAUAAAUUUAGAGAAAGGUUACGAUUAGUGCAAGUUGAAAUAGCUAAAGAAAAAAAUACAUCAAAGAAUAUUAAAGAUAUUUCAGUCCUAGAUCCAAUUUUCAAUGAUACUGUAACCAGGUUACAAAAAGAUCUUGCAAAAAAUAAUGAAAAAAGUAUUAGAAAUAAUGCCAAAACAUUAGAAAAUUUGCUCCUUAAUGAAGAAGAAUUGUUGGGAAUCCAAGAGUUAGUUGAGUUGCUAGGCCCUUUUGCACAGGUUACAACUAUAAUAGGCAGAGAUCAUUAUCUCACUUUUUCAAUAAUGUUACUUCUAAUUAAAAGAUUACAAGAACAUCUAUUUCAAAAGAAAGCAACCCUUAAACAUUCAAUUGUUCGUAAUGUGUGUGAUGAGAUAGAACUUUUAUUUGGAAACCAUUGGGAAGAACCAGGAGUAGAUGGGUACAUUGCUGCUAUCCUUAACCCAAGAUUUAAGAAUCUGAGCUUUGAGUCAGAAAAGCUAGAGAUAAUAAAAGAUGAAUUAAAAUGCAAGAUGGAAGAUUCAAAAAAUAUAUACUUAACAACACCCUCUAUUGAAAAUAAUACAUCCUUCUCAUUAUUAAAUUCACUUUUUGAAGAAACUUCUCAGCCAUUUGUCCUAUUGAAGCCAAAUUAA